CGCUUUAUUUAUCACGAAAUAAGUAAAAACUAUAAUGGAGCCGGUGAACCUUUCGUGGGAUGUGGAGAAAGAGAUUUUCUCUCGGCUUCCACCUCUAUCUCUUGUUAGAUUCAGAACCGUAUCUCAACACUGGAACGGUCUUUUAAAUGACACGAAGUUCGUCAAGGUUUACUCGAUUGACAUCGAUCUCGGCAAACCCCUUGAUCCAACCAUAGAGGUGCGUGAGAUACCAUCUGUUUUUCCUUAUAAAGCUACGGACUUGACGCAUACCACCAUCACGUCUUGUGAUGGGUUCUUGUUUCGUGACUUUUGGAAGCAAGGUGUUGCGAUUUGGAACCCGUGGUUAAGACAAGUUGGUUGGAUCGAGUACGUCGAUAAGGGCUUCCAUUUUUGCGGUGUAGGGUACGAUAGGACUAGACCCGACAAGAGUUACAAGAUCUUGGGGUACUUUAACUGUCUCCGUACGGUAAGCGACACUUACCAAGUAGGUUACAAAAGAAUUGCGGUCUACGAGUGUGCAUCUCACGCGGUGAAGUUUCUUGAUGUCCCUUUCAAGCAGUGGCCCAACAUGGGACCUUUGUCCUUAAACGGGAAUCUCUAUUGGGUCACUAGCAAUCCUGAUGACACUAAUGAGUAUCUCAUCAGAAGCUUUGAUUUCUCCAAUGAGAUGUUCAGAACCUUUUGUCUCCUUCCUUGUCGGAAGAACCAUUCUCGCGAUGAACUUGUCCUCGCGGUUUAUAAGAGAGACGGUUUUUCAUUGUUAAAGCAAUGCUAUGUAACGGGUGAGAUAGAAGUUUGGGUGACAAAGAACAAAAUCAGUGAAGAGGAAGUGGUGUGGAUAAACUUGAUGACUUUGCCGACAAGUAACUUACCCAAGUUAGUUAAUAAUCUUUGUGGGGUUAGUUACUUCAUCUUUGACAAGACUCUAAUCAUGUGUUGUGGCGACGAAGAAACUGGAGCCGCUUGUACCUAUAUUGUGAGGGAAGAUAUGUGCAAGAAGAUUCAAAUAGGUCUCGGGAUAGAUAGGUUUUCUCACUGUGUUUAUCUUCCAAAUUUUAUCCCGGUUCCUUCAGAAUUCAAACCGCUGCGAGUUUAAAAUUUGAAUUUUCUUGUUUUAUUACAUGUCUUAAUUUCAUGCCAUUUCCAUUUCUUUGAAGGUGCUUCUGUUUUCAAUUUCUUGUAUGAUGUCUAUGUGGUUGAUUUGGCAAGAAAUGAUAGUACACAUGAGCUUUGAAAAUUUUCAAAGA